GCAAGAACAUAAAGGCAGCCGGAGCCCGGAGCUAGCUAGCAGGCAGGACGUACGGCUGCUGCGCGCUGUUCUACGUACGUACUCAUCUGCUAGCUAGCUACUGCAGAUCGAAGAGUAACAAGAUCGAGCCAGCAGAUUAGCUAUAUAUACAUACGUAGCAUAGCAGCUACCAUCAUCAGCAAGGAUCCCAAGCAUUAAUUUGGUGUGGUACGGUGCAAGAAAACACACACUACAUAUAUAUAUAUAUAGUACAUGGCGCCAAGAAAAGAGAUCAUGGCUGGUGACCAUGGCGGCGGCGAAGGGGAGGAAGUAGUGGUGCUUGUGGGAGACUACGACUACGAGCUAGAGGAGGAAGACGAAGACAUGCUCCCCGGGUUCCGGUUCCACCCCACCGACGAGGAGCUGGUCACCUUCUACCUCCGCCGGAAGGUGGCCGGGAAACGCCUCACCAUCGAGAUCAUCAAGGACUUCGACAUAUACAAGCACGACCCAUGGGACCUUCCAAAGUCGAGCUCCAUCUCGGGAGAGAAGGAGUGGUACUUCUUCUGCCUGCGGGGGAGGAAGUACAGGAACAGCAUCAGGCCCAACAGGGUCACCGGCUCCGGAUUCUGGAAGGCCACGGGCAUCGACAGGCCCAUCCACUCCGCCGCGUCCGGCCGCGCCGGCGACCCCAUCGGCCUCAAGAAGUCGCUCGUCUUCUACCGCGGCAGCGCCGGCAAGGGCACCAAGACGGAGUGGAUGAUGCACGAGUUCCGCCUGCCGCCGCGCGCCGACACCGCCCACGCCUCGCCCAGCGAGCAGGAAGCGGAGGUCUGGACCAUCUGCCGGAUCUUCAGGAGGAACUUCACCUACAAGAAGCAAGGUGUCCACUGCAGCAGCAAGGUGUCCAGCGCCGCCGCAGUUGUCGCGCAGCCCGGCGAGUCGAGCUCUGUCACGGCGGGCAGCAUGGAGUCGGACACGGGGGACGAGUACACCAACGGCCUGCUGCCACAGACCCCGCUGCUGCAAGAUCCGGUGAAUAUGAUCGACGGCUACAGCUACAGCUACGGCUACGACCACCACCACCACCAGCAGCAGCAGCUUCAGCACGGCCAGUGGAACAGCCACGCGCUGCACGCGGCGGCCACGGCCCCGCUGCCGUCGCCGACGACGAUGGCCGCAUUCCAUCACGGCGUGCUUAGUAGCCCGCCUGCUGCUGCCAGCGGGCCGCUAGACGACAUGUACUACAAAGACGGGUCCAGCUGGGACGACAUUGGCAGGAUGGUGAUGGAGCUCACGGACCCCAGCCCCAGUGUGUUCUCCUUCUAUGACACUAGAUCGUACGCCUAGGAGAGUUGCAGGCCAGCCGUAUUGUUCUUCGAAACAAGAAGCAAGCCGCCUGUUCGAUCUGCGCUUGCUAGUUUUUUUUUGGUUGGGGGGAGUCGUCCACUGUGCAGCUCCACACCACGCACACAGCACCACAGCAGAGAACGAAAACCGCCGACGAAACACCGAACUAACAUGUGGACAUGCAUGGCAGUAGUUAGCAGGGUUCUUACAAAGAGAACAUAUAUACAUAUAUGAUAGAUCGAUUUUAUUAAUUGUAAUGAGUUCAAGAUAUUAUGUACUAUGUUGUCAAAACAUCUUUGUCGAUGUCGAUGUAUAUAUAGUACACAUUGUAUUGGAUAUAUAUGCAUGAUGUUAUUUGUUUGUUCCCAAA